CCUCCUCCUCCUCCUCCUCCUGCUCCUGCGCCGCUAAGCUGAGCUCAAUCAGCGGACAUGUUUAUGAAAAUCACUGGUCUGCGGUGACAGCCUCCGGUGAAUCGGACCCGGGACAGAAGACGAGGCCGCUGAGAGGAGCCGUCGAUGCUGGACUCUCUGAUCCGUCAGCAUUAGGAUCUGCGAGGCCGGGAGAGAGACGACCGCUCAGUCGUCCAUAAAACCACCGAAAUGAUGGCCUCCAGCGACGUGGACACCCGAGGGGAAGGGCCUUUGUUUUCUGACCAGAAUCCAUCAGAAAUGGACGCUCUGUGUCCCUCACCUCCUGGACCAACCAGACCCCAACGCCACUACGAGAGGAUCGAAGGACAGACAGGAACUUCGUUCUGUCAGACUCUCAUUCACCUGCUGAAGGGGAACAUUGGGACGGGGCUGCUGGGGCUGCCUCUGGCCGUGAAGAAUGCAGGUCUGGUGCUCGGACCAAUCAGCCUCCUGUUCAUGGGGGUGAUCGCAGUUCACUGUAUGAGGCUGCUGGUCACAUGUUCUCACCACCUGAGUGCAAAGGUGAACCGGCCGUCUCUCACCUACGGCGAGGCGAUGCAGCACGGGAUGGAAAACGUGUCGUGGCUCAGGAGACAUUCCCACUGGGGAAGACGAACGGUGAACACGUUCCUCAUCAUCACGCAGCUCGGCUUCUGCUGCGUCUACUUCGUCUUCCUCAGCGACAACGUCAAACAGGUGGUGGAAGCGGCCAACGCCACCACCUUCAACUGCUACAUGAACUACACCAAUCAGACGCAGGUCGUGGUGCCGAGCUUCAACUCUCGCCUCUACAUGCUCUGCUUCCUGCCCGCCUUCGUCCUGCUGGUCUUCACCCCCAACCUGAAGUACCUGGCCCCCUUGUCCCUGGUGGCCAACCUGGUCAUGUCAGCCAGUCUGGUUCUCAUCUACUUCUACUCCAUCACGAACAUCACAGACCCCACCAACCUCCCAAGAGUGGGCCGAGCUAAAGACUACCCCCUCUUCUUCGGGACGGCCAUCUUUGCCUUUGAGGGGAUUGGAGUGGUUCUUCCCCUGGAGAACAAGAUGCACAGGCCUCAGAGUUUCACCCUGGUUCUGUACGUCGGGAUGAGCAUCGUCACCUUCCUCUACAUCAGCCUGGGCACCAUCGGAUAUCUGUGCUUCGGAGAGCACAUAGUGGGGAGCAUCACUCUCAACCUGCCAAACUGCUGGACUUACCAGGCCGUGAAGCUUCUCUACUGCUUUGGCAUCUUCAUCACCUUCGCCCUGCAGUUCUACGUUCCAGCAGAGAUCCUCAUCCCGCCAGUGCUGGCCCGCGUCUCACAGAGAUGGGAGACGGCCGUCGACCUUCUACUUCGCACCGUCCUGGUCAUCUUCACAUGCGCCCUCGCCGUCCUGAUACCGGAGCUGGACCUGGUCAUCUCGUUGGUCGGCUCGGUCAGCAGCAGCUUCCUGGCGCUGAUCUUCCCCCCGCUCCUGCAGAUCGUAACUUUUUACCCCGAAGGCCUGUCGCCCCUGACGACCGCCAAGAACACGGUCAUCAGCAUGGUGGGUCUGAUCGGCUUCCUCACGGGCACGUACGCCGCCAUUGAGCAGAUCAUCACCCGGAACGGACUCAAACACGAAGAGACGUUGUCCUCCUACAUGGUGCAGUGAGGAGGAGCAGCGAGGAGGAGCUGUGACUCUCGGCAGGUGGGGCUGAACCACCGGGACAUUUUAGGGCACAUUUUAAGGUUUUGCUGCUGUUGGACACCGCAGCGUUUUAGGAUCAGUCUCUGACGUGUUUAGGCCGCUUGACGCUGUGUGACGCUCGAUGUCGUGUUUCAUUCUGUCACCGCUGAACUUCAGUGUCCUGCAACUACUCACAGCUCGUCAAGUACAGCCUCUUAGUGCAACUUCAUGACAACAAUAUGAUGCUUAAGGCUAAAUAAUUCCUUCGUGUACAGAAUCAAGGGGUUUUCGGGGUUCAGCCUGAAUAUAUAUAUAUAUAUGUUUUUAAAUAUUUCCGUCAGAAAAUCAAACUACCUCACAAACUGGUAUCGAUUUGGUCUUUUAAAACGUUUCCAAAACCCCUUCAGCCCAAACAGCGUCUCGCUUAGAUCUUUUCUCGUUGAACUAAUCAUACAGAAAUAAGUUUUUAAAAACAAUCUUCAUGUUGCGUUGCACUUUAAUUCAUGCCUUACUCUGUGAACCAGAACGACUCUGAGGGUAGUUUAGGCACAAACUGUAAAUCAUUUAACUGAAGAAUCAGAACAAAACUACGACGAAGUAUAAGGUCACUUAAAUGGAAUUACCACGGGGACUAAGAGAAUAAAGCCCUAGUAUUACAAGAGUAAAAUUUCUGAUAUUACAAGAAUUAAGUCGAUCCAGAGAAGUGAAACUCCAGCGAGCACAGAUUCUCCUCGACCCUUAUUUCUCAAAAUAUAACUUUUCUCAUCACAUCACACUUUAUUCUUUGUUACGACCUUAUUCUUGAUUUUUUUCUGGGCCUAAUAUUCCGUCUAACAAACAGUGCCGGGUAUCAAAACGGUUCUGAAUUUGAAUCCAGUUCUACAUGAAUCAGAACAUUCAAUCUUUUGCCUUGUGCGUUUCACUUUAUCAGAUCCUGACAGUGAGUAAAUCUCACUGACCAAAGGAAAACAGAGGAUUCCUUAUCGUGUAAUUCAGACUUGUGUGUCUCAUAAGUAGGAUUAUGAUGAUAAUAUGAGCUUCGUCUAAUAAUAACACAAAUAUACAAACUUUACUUUGAUCAUGUUAUCUGUGGAUACGUAACGGACUGUAAACACGUCUCUACUUCAUCCCACUGUACAAAAAGAAGCCAAAAAUAUCUUGGAUACAAAACGUGACCCCAGAUUUAGUAGUUUGGUCCUGGUCCCAUCCACUCACAUGGAGGAGGCAGAGUUUAUGACCAGUACUGCAGCCAGCCACCAGAGGGUGAUCCAGAUGUUUUGGCUUCACUUUUUCAGGAUGCGUCAUGUCGUCCAUCUUAAUUUUCAGUCUCUGGUCCAGAUGUUGUGGUCGGGUCGUUUAAAAACAAAAAAAGGGAAGUUUCUUAAAUGUUUGUUUAAUUUGUUUUUUUUUUGUUUAUCCUUGAGAUUAACUUUAAUAAUCAGACACAUCUGCAUUAAGUGAGAAAUCAAAACGCUGCUUUAAAAAGGAAAAACUACUGAUUCACGUAAAAUCGAAAGGAAAAUAAACAACUUUUGACUAAAAAUCUAAAAGAAUAUUUAUAUUUUAUUUUUCAUUUACGUUUUAAAAGCCAGGAUUUCACAAGAAACCCGAUUUUCUAAACCAAACUUUAAUAUAUUUCAGCUUGAACAAGUUCAUCAGUGUUUAUGUGGGGACCUCUUCUGUGUAACAAUUUCUUUUUGGGGGGUUUUCCUGUCUUUAAAACUUUUAUUUUUAUCAUCCGAUUCUUUUUUUAUGUUUAAAUGUAUUUACAAAGAUUCAUUCUGUAUUUUUAAAUAGUUUUUUAUUCACGCAGCAUGCAUUGUUAGAGCUUACAACUAAGUUUAAUUUCAGUUUAAUCACAGACUCUGCAUGUAAUGUAACAUGUAUGUAAAAUAAAACCCAACUUAACGCCGAGCUGGAGGAAUAAGGUUCGUCCUCGUGCUUCAGUAGAACGACGCAGGCAAAACGUGGAACUUGUCACUUUGUCGUUUGUCUUGUUUCUGUCGCAGACGAAUAUUCUGAGAGUCUCGAGUCUCGUGUGUAAAGAUGUGUAACAGCUGAUGGUUUGUGUCACAGCUGAAUUUUAAUUUGUGAAUAUACACGUGUACAAAUGUAAUCUCUGAUGAUGAUGAUGUUCAGUUCUCCACAGAAGACGGAUCUCAUCGAACAGUUCAGUAUUUUUAAAUUUAAACAGUUCAGUCCAUCAAAACCUGUCGCUCAGAGUAAAUAACAGUUAAAGUACCAA